AUGCCCAUAGCCGGGAAGAAGAUAGCAGCAACCAUGCAAAACGGCGUCGUAGAGAACGGGGUUUGCUCGUCCGCGUCGGUGAAUGGGUGUCACGAUGUCUGGAGUUCUAAUGAGUCCGAUUCUUCCUCUGCUGACCAUCUCGUUGUCAUGGUCCAUGGAAUUAUGGGCAGUGCAGCAGAUUGGAAGUUUGGAGCGGAGCAAUUUGUUAAAAUGCUUCCUGACAAAAUAUUUGUUCAUUGUAGUGAACGGAAUGGUUCUAGGCUGACUUUGGAUGGUGUGGAUGUAAUGGGGGAGCGAUUGGCAGAGGAGGUUGUCGAACUGACUCAAAGAAAGCCAAAUCUACGUAAGAUCUCAUUCAUUGGACAUUCUGUGGGAGGACUAGUGGCAAGAUAUGCAAUUGGGAAGCUAUAUAGACCCCCUAAAAGUGAAAAUUCAGAACAUUCAUCUCCUAAUGGGAGUGAAGAGGAUCCAAGGAGUACGCUAUGUGGCUUGGAUCCUAUGAACUUUAUUACUGUUGCUACACCUCAUCUUGGUUCAAGAGGUAACAAGCAGGUACCAUUUCUUUUUGGUGUGCCUGCCUUUGAAAAGGUUGCUAGUGCGGUCAUUCAUUUGAUAUUUAGGAGAACAGGUAGGCAUCUUUUUCUUAAUGACGACGACGACGGAAAGCCUCCGCUGCUUAAACGCAUGAUAGAGGAUUAUGAUGAAUGUUACUUCAUGUCUGCGUUGCGUAGUUUUAGACGUAGGGUGGUGUAUUCAAAUGUGGGCUAUGACCAUAUCGUUGGCUGGAGAACAUCAUCUAUUAGACGUAACAGUGAACUGCCAAAGUGGGUGGACACUGUUGAUGAAAAAUAUCCACAUAUUGUUUAUGAAGAACAUUGUAAGGCCUAUGAUGCUGAGCAGUGCGAGCCUACUUCAGUGGAAAAUGAUGGCUCUGACAAGCUUGAAGUGGAACUAUUGACAGGCCUAUCUCGUGUGUGCUGGGAAAAAGUAGAUGUUAGUUUCCACUGCAGCAGACAUAGAUUUGCUGCUCAUAGUGUCAUUCAGGUCAAAGAUCAAAGCGUACAUAUAGAAGGUGAAGAUGUCAUACGUCAUAUGAUUGAUCGUUUCCUCAAAUAG